AUGUUGAAAUCAGACUCCACACUUCAAGACAUAGAUUUCAAGUUCCCAUUGCAACACAGUGCAGGGUCCCUCGCAAUUCUUCUCCUAACUCCUGCAUCCCUUGACCCGUGCAAUCGGCAGGACACCCUAUAUCGCUUGAAACGCCUCGCACAGCACAGCGAUGGUGGCUCUCGAAGAAUCGCCGUAGCCUAUCUGCUGUCAGAUGCACCGUUCGCUAGCGCAAGCGGCAAAUCCAGUCUCAAUGGAUUGGUAGUACUGGAAAUAAUAAUGCUCGAAUCCCUCCCCGCUAUAAUGCCUACUAUCCCGAUUGCAGACGCUUCAUGCCUCCUGUCCUCGAUCCAGGACUACAUCAGCAAUCUCCAAGAUAUGCCUGAUCCACGUGCGAGCCCUGCACCGUUGCAUGGUAUAUGA